GAGCCAAAAGGAGCGGAAUCCUCGGGAGAGGAGACCCGGGAGCAAAUAAACAACAGUGACGACACUUUAAACAUUAGACAAACAACAACAAGAAAAAGAAGGCGCUCUCAGUACAGGCAGCGGGCUCUGUGCAUGACUUCCAGCUGCUUUUGUGACGUGACGAGGAGGGGAAGCUGGAAUCCCCCCGCUGCUCCCACUGAGCUGCAAGUACCGACAUUUCUGAUCCCCCUCAGACUCCGCUCUGAGUGACCAUGAUUGGGCACCACGAUGCCUCAAGUGCCCUUACCCUCCUAGUCCUCCUGACAGGGGCUUCCUUCCUCCAUCCAUCCACCUCCAACCCGAUUAGCAGCCUUGGAGAUGUCGAUACCCCACACAGAGAUACUCCUCCUGCAAAGGAAGAGGAGACACGAUCAAUACAAAAAGAAGAGGCAGAGGAAGAAGAGGAGCUCUUUAAAGAUGUGGAUCCCAAAACACUGGCGGCUGUUUUACUGGAGGCGCUGAAUCGCUCGCAAGUGGAGAGAAGAAAAGAGGGAGAGGAGCGUGAUGGGAUGGAGGAGAUGGAGGACAAAGAAGACAGAGAAGUGAGAACGAUGGAGGGAGCAGACAGAGACAGAGAUGGACGACAGGAGUUAGAGCAGCUGAUGGCUGCACAGGGGAAGGAGCGGCAACGAGAGGAGGAAGAGGAGAGGAAGAAAGCUCAGGAGGAAGAGGAGAGGAUGACAGAAAAGGUGACCAGCCGUACCACAAGUCAGACAGUCCAGGUGCAGGCGGAGCAGCAGCCUGCUGAUGGAGGGAGGGAGAAUGGGCAGGGUGCCGCCACCCAGCAAGGGCCAAACGGCAGCAACGAGGAGGAGGAGCAGCUCAGCCCCGAGGAGCUGAAGAACCUGGAGACCAUGAUGAAGGAGUUCCCUCGUUUGAACACAGCCACCAAGAGAGAGGGCGACUCAGAGCAGAACCAGAGAGAGAGCCGAGGUUACAGCAGCUACAACGACAUCAUACCGAUCAAAGGCAACGACCUCGCCAUGUCCAAGAAGAAACUGAAGUGGCAGGAGGAGACGCAGAAAGGUCUCAAUUUCCCAACAUUCAGAGGAGGCAAUUUCAUGGAUGACUUUGAGGAGAAUAAUUAUGCUGGCAGUAACGCGGCGCAGCCUCCGGCAGAGCAGGAAGUGAUGGAAGAGGACGAACCAGAGGAAGACGAGGAGGAGGAAGACGAGGAGGUGUUGAGUCCAGAGGAGGAGGAGGCUCAGGCUAAAGCGGAGCAGGAGGAGAUGAGGAGGCAGGCGGCCGAAGCCCAAAGAGCCAAGAUGGAGGAGGAGAAGCUGGCGGACAUCGCCUCGGACAUGCUGCUGCGCUACAUGGUCAAACAGAAUAACGGGAACAAGAAGUACAGCUCGUCACUGUCCAACGCAGCCGAGGACAAGAGGUCUGACGAGGAACAGGAAGUGACGGAAGAAGACGAUAUCGACCCCCAGACCAUCGACAAGCUGAUCGAGAUCUCCAAUAAGCUCCACCUCCCCGCUGAUGACGUGGUGGACAUCAUCAGCGACGUGGAGAAGAAGAAGAAGAAAGACGUGCCGCCUGAGAUGUCGUCCCGUUGGCAGCGACCUCCUCCUCCGCUGUCGUCUUCGUUCUCAUCAAACAAUGGUUUCUCCUCAUCACAGAUUCCAACCAAUCAAAAUAACUUCCCCGUCUCCAAGCAACCGUCACCAGCCGUCAACCUCCUCAAAACGUGGUUACAGGAGAAAUCGCAAACGAAAUCCCAAGAUCCCUGGAGCAAACCGCCAAAGCCGAUGUUAGCCAAUCAAAAUCGUUGGCUCAAACCUCAGAAACCAAUCAAACAGGACCUCUGGCUCAAAUCACCCAAGUCUGUCUGGGGGUACCCUUUGUACCCCUACGCACCCUAUUACCAGAGGAAGCAGUACCCAGACUACUAUCCAAUUUAUUUACCUCCUCCCCCCAGACCCAAACCUCGUUACUACGUCCCCAAACCUGCCCUCGCCCUCAACAACUUCCUGGGAAAUUCCAUGGAUGACACCUACGGCUUCCCUCCCAAACGGCGCUACCACAGCUGGGUCCAACCUCGGCUCAGAAGCCCCCCCGCAGGCCUCCAGCAGAGGCCUUACUACACCAGUUACCGGUUUCAGCCGGUGCCCGUCCCCAAACCACGGUCCCCUCCACGAAUUCCUCCUCAACAGAAGUUCUAUUACUCAGCCCCGGCGGCUCCAGCGGUAACGAGAAAUGAAGAUUAUUAUGGAAAGCAGCCAGACAGCGGUAACCAUGAUGAUCUGGAGAAAUACAUACAGCAGAUACUUAUGAAGAGACCCCUGCUGGACUGAAAGGUGGCUGAGAGGAGAAAGACGAGGAAAUGAAAAAGAGGAGAGAUGAGCAGAAAAGUACUUAUUUAUGAUUUUUUUAGCUGGUUUUGUUUUAUGUAACAAAUUUCUUUCUCCUGUUUUGUUCGGUUGUGAUGUGGACAAGGACAUGACGGAGGACUUUGGUUUCCAGAGGUAGUCUGGAUCAAAUGUAACUUUGUUAGGAAAAUGAAAGAUGAAGAUACACAUCUACACUCCUCCUCUGUGAAGGAGGAGAAACAGGAUGAAUGCGGUCUGUUGGAAAGCAUGACGCGGCAAAGAUUUGUAUCAUGCUAGAACUUUUCAUCCAGACUUCCGGCAUGACAACAUUCUCCAUUUGGACAUUUUUACAAUGCCAACACAGGAGGACGCUUGAAUAUGUUGUUACCUGUACCUUUAAACAAUCUGUUUCAGAGUCAGAGAGCUGAUGGAUGCUGGGAAAAGUUUGGUGGCUGAUGGGAUGUGACUGUCUAAACACAAAGAGGAUAUUUGUGUAAUUAUCUCAGGCAGGGAAAUUUGAAAAAAAUAUUUCAUAAACAUAAUCUUUCUGAAACAUUAAAUGGCCAAAAAUAUGUGGACGCCAAACAUUUGAGCCACAUGUGAUCCAGCUCAACAGCAUUAGUGAGGUCCAACACUGGGAGAACCAUUUCUUCAUGGAGCUGACUUUGUGUUUGUGGCAGGUUUGUAGAUAAUCCUACAGGGAAAAAAUGUCAAAAUUUGGAUAGUGGAAUUCUUAUCAUCAGUUGUCUUUUUAUAAGAAAAGUGUCCCGGUGGGAGUUACAUAUGGACAGAGUUAGGUUAUCCUGAAUCCUGUUCUUUGUUCUUAACAAGUUCUUCUGUUUCCCAACAUUAACAAUGUGUUAAAAACUCAAUUAUGUUCUCAACAGACAAAUUUUGACAAAAAUUUAAAAAAAUGAUGUCAUGAGUGAUUUUCUACUCUGAACACUCAUAAAGAAAUCACUUCAUUAAAAGUCUUUAUUAUUAUGGGUUGUUUUGGGGGGUAUAAAAUGAGCAUGAGAAACCACCCACACUAAAAAUAAAAUAAAAAGUCUUAAGGGACCUUUUUUCAACAAAAACCUCAGUUUAUUCAUUUUGGAGUCGAAAUCAAAUCAAACCUGUUCAUGAGAAUAUGUUGUAUGGGACACUGUCAUGUUGACACAAUUAUCUUAAAUAUCCCUGUACAUCCCUUCAUUAGAACUAAGGCGUUUUGCCCAAACUAGGGAACCACAGGAUGUCUACAUACUUUUGGCCAUAUAGUGUAUUAGCUGACACACCUAUCAUCUCUUAGAGAUGAUACCUUAACCAUACAUGACCUUGGAAUGGCCUCGUUCUGAAGCCAUUCACUAUCUCAUUUUUUAAAAUGAAUACAUUUUUAUACAAAUGUAUCAUUUUUGUCUUAUUUGUACAAAAAAACAGCAGCUUCACGUUACGUCUCCUCACACAUACCCACCGAAGCUCUUUAGAAUGAAAUAUAACGCACCAAAAAGCAUAUUUCAUACAAAGGGCUGUGAAAGCCACAGUAACACCACUAUAAUGGCUUGGAUGACUCAUCCUUUUGCAUAACUUCAAUUACCUUGUUGCUAUGGUGCCAAACCCUGGCCAAACUCUAUAUGGCAUUCUUUCGACGCCUUCAGAGGAGUAUGCAGCGAAGCAGACAUACUGAUCUUUACUAAAUACAUGCAUUUUAAAGGAUAAGGCUGGUGUUAUUCUACAUAUUAUUCUCUAUCACCUACUGUUUAAUGCUCUCUGACCUCACCGCCCUGUCUGCAGUUUAUAUUUAUGAUAUAGAGAAUCACCAACCUGAUCCUUUAGAGAUCCCCUCCAUGAUUUCCUAAUACCAAACAAAAGUGCCCCUGAAUCCCAAUUCUUUUCAGCUAAAUAAAGACCAUUUAGUGCAUUGUUUGGUAUCCAACAUUUAUUUUUCACUGAUUACUAUCAACUCAAAGUCUAUUUUCAUUGUUUUUCUUGCUAUCUAAAUGUUGCACAACCAUCGAUCGGCUGCCUUACAUGUCACUGUGACCUCCCUGACAUAUAUUUUUUUAUUUUGUACCAUUUGAUAUUAUCCAUGAGAUGGAUCACUUUUGUAAUGGAAGCAGAGGGAAUGAUGGGAAUGAUUCUCUGGAACUGAUUCCACAGGAGAUGGGAUUGGUUCGCUCAUAUUCAGGUAAAACUAAGUUUCAGUCACAAUUUUAAAAACAUGAUGAAGGGAUUUUUCAUUGCUUUGAUAAGAUGGCAAAAAAAAAAGAUUGUAAAAAAUGUUUUUUAAUGUGAAAAAAAAGAGGGAUUGUACUGCUGAGAUUGACUUUCUUUACUUAAAUGGCUACUGAUAAUCAGUAAUCAAUAAACACUUCCUUUCCUCCCUUUUUACCUCUUUUUCAAAUACGUCACUGGGAACGAGAGCAGAUGUUGCUCUUUGGUUUGUCUGUUUUGUUGACCUUUGUGGUCAUCUGUUGCUAAGGGACGAGCAAAUCUUCACAUAUUUGUUGCCAAGCCAAAAAAAAAAAAAAAAAAAAGAGUCAUGGCUUUGACAAUCUCAUACAGAAGUAAAUGUCAACAUGAGGCCAUGAGUCAAAAAAAGACAGCAAACUGAAGAAGUGGGAGUAAAAAUAAGAAGAUUUUUGUAAUUUUGAAUGUUUUGUUGUUUUUUAUGAGAUUAAAAAGGGAAGUUACAGAGGUUGAGAUAUGAAGCGACAGACCAGAGGUGAGGGUACAGUGUCUGCACGUUUAUGUAUACUUGCAUCUAAAAGUUCUUUGAAGACGUACAAGCAUCAAUCAAAAAAGUAUAAAAAAAUUUCAAGAUGACAGAAACAAUGACGUCAGUGUACCUUAAAAUCAUUGUUUGAGUCAUGUAUGCGGCGAGUGUUGUCCAUGGUCUUUCUAGAUGUACCUUGUUGUAACCAUCGUAAUAAACAUGCGUUUGCUGGAUGUAAAUAUGCGCAUGUCAAUGACUACUUUUGCUACACAUAAAGAAACAAUAAAGUCAACUAUUUUUAUUACGAAAA